GAUGGCUGCGCCCAUGAUUUUUCAUGCGCCGAAAAAUUAUCGUUUUUAUUCCACGAUUAUCAGCAGAUCAUUUUUCGUAGCCGCAGGAAGAUAUUCUCAAACCGCUGCCUCGACUGCCAAUAAUAAUGUCACCCAAAUUCAGGUACCCAAGAGAAUACAAAGGAGUCCCACAUCUGUAUUGGAAGCCCUUGCAGGAACAGUUGAAAAGGAUCCUCUUGGUCCACACUACAGAUUUAUAGAUGACCCGGCAUUGAUACCUAAUGAUGUUGGUGCGAAGCGGAGUUACUCUUUGGCCAAGGCCUCAGGAAAGAAAGCAGCCCAGUGGAUCAUGAAUGAGUAUUACUACGGCUUUCAAAAGGACACGGCAGAACCCUCCAUACCUGACUUCAAUCCAAAGCACACCGCAGAAAAAAUUCUCAAGCAUUCAUCUGGGGAGGAAGCUGUCAAGUGGAUGCUAAGGUGUAAAUUACCAAGAGAUGCAUUUGAGCAUUAUCAAAAGAUGAAGGAAGAAGGAACCCCAUUAUCAUCAAAAACCAUGAUGGAGCUCCUGGAGCAGCUGUGUAUAUACACCAACAAGAAUAAACCUGAUAGGGUUUUCUUGGAGGACGAUUUUUAUGUCCGAGAAAUGAACCGGACUGAUCGCUUCAAAGUCCAGGAUACUUGGGGAGAGUCGGCCCCUGGUGAUCUCUUGUUUGAAGACCUACCUGAAAAAACACCAGCAGCGUACCGCUGUCUAAUCAGAGGCAUGAGCAAGGCAAACCAUGCAGAAGGCUGCAUAGAACUCUAUGGAGAAAUGGUCGACAAGAACAUUCCCGCCGAUCUCCAAACGUCUAUUGCUGUACUACAAAUGAUCCCAAUUCUCCCUGAGGAAAGUGACACUCGCUGGGGCUUAAUCGAAAAAGUUUUAAGGGAUAUGAAAGAGAAUGGUGUCGAGCCAAAUUUAGGAAUAUUCAAUACAAUUAUGUACGGUUUAGGACAAUUUAUGGCUCGGGGGAGACGGAGUUCAGCUUGGACGUUACAAGUGUUGAGGGAAAUGAAAGGCUGUGGAAUUGAGCCGAGUCUCGGGACGUGGGGAAGCGUUAUAAGUGUGUUUUACUCACGAGACUCAUCUCAAGCUAAUAUUCUUGGAGAAAUUAUGGAUCAUCUCGCUGGGAAGGAGUUUACUUUUCAACAUCCAACCGACACCCAGUUUUUCCGGAUUGCCAUGUUGAAGUGCUGCGUCAACCAGAAAGAUCUUGACCUCGCCUACAAGAUCGACGCCCUGCUGAACACGGGCCGGAAUCAUUUGCUACUAGGAGACUCAUAUUGUGAAAUGAUUUACUACAAUCAGUUUUUCAAGCUUCUCUGUUCUGUGGAAGAGUUAGACAAAGUCAUGGCGAUAUAUGACAGAUGUGUACCACAUGUUUGGAGUCCAAAUUUUCCAAAUUUUGCCGAGCUGCUGAAGCUGCUGGAAGUUUAUGAUGGCUAUAAUUAUAUUCCACAGAUUUGGUCAGAUCUUGUGGCAUUUGAUUACGUGCGACGCGAAGAUCUCGUCGAACCCCUGUUCCAGCUAAUGGCCAAGGAAAAACAGGAGGAAAAGCUCCAGGAAAUCUUCCACGGCAUUGCAAUGAAGCAUGUGGAGAAUGUGAAAGAAGCCGAGGAAGACGCUAGGCCUAGAGGGAGACCUUUAAUGUUGACAGGUCCAACUUUUGGCUCUCUGAUACAGAUUUGUCUCAACAGCGAUCGGUUUGACGAUGCCUGGGGUCUGUUUCAGAUGUUCAGUAAGAAGAAAGCAUCGUGUUUAGGGAUACCUAGUGAAGAGUCUCUCAAAAAGUUGGCUGAUGUCUGCAUAGCUAACAAGAGUACAGAGGAGGUGAUGCAAAUCAUUGGUGCCAUAUCUGACAUGGCCUACCCGUGUGUGCCCGACCUGGUGGCUAAGGCGAAGUCAGAUCUAGAGCUGACAGACUCUCAACAGCAACACCUCACCUUGAUGGUCUAGCAGAUUCUUGGACAAGCGGUGACGGGACAUUUUGAACAUUCUGCCUGUGGUUUUGAGGACUAUAGUGCUAGGUCAUCAGUUGACUGUAGCCUUGAGAUAGCGAUACCAAAAGAAGCUUGUAGCUCCUCCUCACUGAUACAGGCAUUUGUUUUUCCAUGAAAUGUAAACUUUGGGAACAAUAUCCUUUUUUCAGAGAGUUAUGUUUGUCCGAGGUCCAUCCAACCUGUACCUUUCCAGGCCAGUUCUUACAUAUUCCUGAAGAUGGCACCAUUGUUCCAAGGUCUUGGCUUGGAACUUGGAAUACACUAAUUUGCAGAUAUUAAGCCUAUCAAAAAAAACAGUAUACAUGUACUGAGAAAGUGUGAAUAUUUGUAGAUAGAAUUUGCAUUUUGAAUUGUAAAUAAAACUUUUUUCGAAGAA